AUGGGUGUCGUGAGCGAAGUGAAAAAUGUCAAGCCAAAGGGUCUCGGCAUCCGGCAUGUACAGACGCUCAUGCUGUUCUUCGCAAUGCUGCUGGCGUUCACCAUGAGGGUCAACAUGAGCAUGGCCAUCGUCGACAUGACCGACAUAACUAAAGAAGG